AUGCAGCAAACUAUAGAGCAUAAAAGCUUGCUCAUGAGCGCAAUUAGCGUAAAAGAGGCACGAGAGGCAACGCUCCUUGCUGAGAAUGUCAGGUCGCUAACCUACGUCAACAUCAUUUUUCUUCCACUCAGUUAUUGUACUUCACUAUGGGGGAUGGAAAGCGGCUCCAACACCGGCAAGUUGGCCUGGGCUACCGUCAUGGUUUUCUUGAUAACUUGCCUGGCGGUAACAAGCUUGGAGACUACAACUCGCUCGUUUCGCAAGGCCUGGAAGGAGAUGUUCUCGCUCGGCAGACGGCCCCUGAUCGCUCGCAUGGAGAAACACAGAAACUGGUCUUGGCGUAAGCUUGCCGGGGAUCUCGAGAGAAAGACCGGACCAGAUGAGAAACCUAAUACCAAGCCAAGUACAGACCCGGACAAGAAACAUCAGUCUAAACCGGAUGUCAAUGUCAAACAGAAAAGCACGGCCACUGAGACGCCGAAGAGCAAAAAUCCCAUGACUGUCUUGAGGAAACUCCGCCCUCGUUCGAACAAGGAUAUCGAGAAGGGCAAUCUGCCAACCGAGAAGACAGCCACUUCCCUGACUGACAAGAACGCAACAGCAUCUUCUGAACUAGAAGCCAAACCAUGA